GUGCCUUGAAUCCUGCGUACUGCUCUGGAGACAGAUUUUCACUGUAAAGUAAAUGAGGCUCUUGUGAAUGGUGUCUCCGUGCCUCUCUUAGAAGAAGUCUGAAGAUUGAUUGAAUUAUGCCUUAUGGGAAUCACCCAGUGACACCUAUCAUAAAGAAUGUGGCAUAGAAAGAAAUUUGGCAAGACAUCACAGCCAGAAUUGGAAGAUUUGAGGACACAGCGCAGAGAACGAGAGACAGCGCUAAGAAAAGCAAGAAGAGAAGAACAGCUUAUCAGCAAGAGGCUUCUGCAAAAUCUCACUCAUGAUGAUGAGAUCCUGGAAGAAAAUGUGCAGUCUCCAAUCUCUGAACAGCAGCUUGUACAACUUGUGAAAGACAUACAUGAUGGGUCACCUGACAAGUUACAAUCACUUAUUGCUCUUCGUCAGAAUCUCCGGAACAAAGAUGUGCAGUUUAUGUUCAUCAGGGCAGAGGGCAGCAUGCAGGCUUUGAUCAGGUUAUUCACUUGUCAGUUUAGCAAUAUUCAGAUGGAAGCAGCCAGGUGUCUGCAUGAACUCUCCAACUCAGAUGAUCCAGCUAUCUGUGAAGCAUGCCUACCAGCUACAGUAUACCUGGUGACGUAUUUGUCAGGGAGCAGCCCAGUGUUCUUGGAACUCUGUCUGUAUACCCUGGGCAACCUGAUUGUGGAAAGUGAGGCAGCGAGAAACCAGGUACUUUUGCAAGGAUUCAUUCCUUCCUUGGCAUUGUGCGUACAGUCUCCUCACAUGACAGUAUUAGAAGCCACCGGCUUUACACUUUCUCAGCUGCUGCAAGCAAACGAAGCUUCUGAAAAAAUAGUGCCGGUCGUCCUCCAAUCUGGGCUCAUACAGGAUAUUCUCAGGCUGUUAAAUUGUAAUUCAGAAGAUGGCAUUGGGAUGAUGAUUGAAUUUGCCUGGUGUCUCCAUUACAUUGUGAGCAGUCAGGUGAAUAAUAUUCUGCUGAUCGCUCAAGGUGUUUUAUCCAGAGUGAUGGAUUUGCUUAUUAAGCUAGCUGACCUCGUGACGAAAACCUCAAUUCCAGGCAUUGAACUGCUGAUUUGCCCAAUUGUGCGUUGCUUAGGAAACCUCUUGGUAGAAGUUGAUUCUUCAGGCAACAAGGUUCAUAUUCAAGAUGGCAGAGUCCUUGUGGCUUUGUUUGUUCUGAUGCAAGAGUUUCAGAAUAAAUAUGCAUUCAUGGUGAAAGAGUGUCUUUGGACCCUUAAUAACCUCACAGCGGAUGAUCCUGUUGUAUGUAAUGCAGUGCUGCACUUAAACUUGGCGCCUCUUCUGUUGCAGUUUCUGGGUCAUUCUAAAGAUAUUAUUGUGCUGGCUCUCUCUGUGUUAUGUAACAUAGCGGAGUUUGGGCAUGCUUACUGUCAGCGUCUCCAAGAAAAAGGCGUUCUUUCCAGCCUGACUCACCUGCUUGGCAGUGAAGAUGUGAUGGUGACAAUACGCUGCUUGGAUUUGAUGAACAUGUUACUGCGUUACUGCCCAGAGGCUGAUGACAUCAUUGUGCAUUCUUUAGUACAAAUUCCAGAAAUUCAUAAGGAUCACCCUGAGAUACAACAGCGUAUGGAAGCAAUCCAGAAUUACUGCAGGCCAAUGAUAGAGGAUGGACCGGGGACUUCAUCCAUGAAAUAAGGAGCAGGUGGAGAAGAAGAAUCUCUGUACAGUAGUUUUUAUUCAGCCCACAUAAAGAAUAAUUGUUCAUAUUUUUGUAAUAAAGUGAUUUUCACAUGCA